UUUAUGAUCAUUAUUUGACAUGACCCCCGACCAAAAUAUAUGAAACUUUUUGAAACAAAAGUGUAGAAUGUGGCGCAGUUCCUUUCAAUAUUUUCAUCAUGUGGCGAAAAUUACUACAAGUCGAUCGAAAUUGUGCAAAAGGAAAUCCUUCUCAUUGUUACCAGGAACACAAUUUCGAAAUAUACAUCUCUCACAAAUAUGGAGAAUGUUUAUUCAAACCCAAGAAACACCUAAUCCAAAUAGCCUCAAAUUUCUACCUGGGGUGCAAGUUUUAGAACCAGGCCAGACUAUUGAUUUUCCAACAGGUCAGAGUACUCACUGUUCACCAUUAGGAAAGAUGCUUUUUCGAGUUGAAGGAGUAAAGAGUAUUUUCCUUGGACCUGAUUUUAUAACAGUUACGAAAACUGAUGAUGAUGUUGAAUGGAAACUGUUAAAACCUGAAGUGUUUGCUAUAAUCAUGGAUUUCUUUGCAAGUGGUCUGCCUGUCUUGAAUGAUGCAACACCAAACAAAGAUACAGAAGUUUAUGAGGAUGAUGAUGAAACAGUACAGAUGAUAAAAGAACUCUUGGACACAAGAAUAAGACCAACUGUUCAAGAAGAUGGGGGAGACAUUAUCUUUGUUGGAUUUGAAGAUGGCAUUGUGAAAUUGAAAAUGCAAGGAGCAUGUUCUAGCUGUCCAAGCUCAAUUGUUACCCUCAAAAAUGGUGUGCAGAAUAUGAUGCAGUUUUAUAUUCCAGAGGUUUUGGGUGUAGAACAAGUCAUUGAUGAAGGUGAAAAAUUAUCAGAGAGUCACUUUGAAAAAGUAGAAAAACAAAUUCUUACUAGAGAAUCUGAAGAAAGCAAAAAGUGAUGUACAAUCAUUAUAUAUGUUGACUAUUACAGUGAACUGUGAGAUUUAGCUAAAAUUAUCAAGACUGAUUAAACUUGAGAAGUGUACAGAAAUGAAAAUAGUAGGUAUCAUUGUUGAAAUAUAAUUAAUGAAACAUUACAUAGAAACUAUAAAAAUACUUGUUUUAACAGAA